AUGACAUUUCUACGUGCGAAAGUGACUCGACUGGAUGAGCCAGAGAACAUGACGUCUAGAUACAUAGGCGGUUUCGAUGCGGAUGCAUCUGUGGGCAGUUUGUUCCCUAAGAUCCUAGAUUCUGGUGAAUCUCCGGAAUCGUUUGAUAUCCAGUGCAUUUGUUGCGGUGAGCUUCUAGAGGCUGAUAAACGCUUAUCCGAUUACGAUAUUGAUGCACACUCGCUGUUACAGUUCCUAGUCAGACCGAAAUAUCAAAUUCCAGAACCAAAAGGGCCAGCUGCCACCCAAUCGAAAGAUAUCAGUUUCGUUCUGACCACCAUUGCUUGGAUUAUUCGGCGUGGACACUUGACCAAAGUAAGUCAAUUAUCUCAACAUGGCGAAUUAGUUUCUUGUGCAUUUCAUUGA